AUGGAUCCGAACGAGGGAGAGAUUGAGGGUUCGGUGCGGGAACAGGACCGCUACCUGCCCAUUGCCAACAUCAGUCGGAUCAUGAAAAAGGCGCUCCCGAACAACGCGAAGAUCGCCAAGGACGCGAAGGAGACGGUGCAGGAGUGCGUCUCGGAGUUCAUCAGCUUCAUCACGAGCGAAGCGUCGGACAAGUGCCAGAGGGAGAAGCGGAAAACGAUCAACGGGGACGACCUGCUCUGGGCGAUGAGCACUCUUGGUUUUGACGACUACUCUGAACCUCUCAAGCGAUAUCUCCACAAGUAUCGCGAAGCGGAGAAGGCCUCGCAGGCGAAGCAGGGAGGAAAGUGA